AGGCUAAAGCCCGCUUUCUAAACGAAAUGUUUAAAAAUUCAAGAUGGCGGACGUGGAUACAACGGAUUCGUUUGAUUCAAGUUCGAAAAUAAAAAUUGCAAAUAGAACUCUGCCUCUGACGAAUUCAUAUAAAAAAGAGAGAAUGUGUGACAAGCUGAGCAAAUCUCUCAACAUGAAAUCAAUGGUUGGUUCACCAGAUCAUGUACAAAAUACGAGUCAAUCAUCAAAGCUGAGUCGUAUUCGUGAUGACUUUCAACGAGCAGACUCAAUUUGCUUGAGUGAUAUGAAGGAAAUAGCACAAGGGCAUAUAUCUGUGGAUACACUCAAUGAGAUGGAAGUCCGAGUGAAGUCACGUUUAAGUGCGUACGAGGAAUCUGAGAGGUUGGAAUCAGGCCAUUUGUCACAAUCUUUGCACAGCUUUAGUUAUGCUCCACCCAGCCGCAAUUCAACUGGUGCUACACCAAGCCCACUAAUGAAUCAAUCAUUUAAUGCUUCAUGGCAAUUUUAUAAUUUUGUUGGUGUCGAUGGCAAUGAAGCUGUAUUUAAUGGAGCCAACAGGAAACCGAGUGAAGCCAUUUUAACCAUUGAUGCCAAAACAUCUCACAUUCUUGUUGCAAAUCAAACAGCUUGUCGACUUUUUGGUUACAAAGAGGAAGAAUUAUGCACAGGGAUGAAAAUAUACGAUUUGUUUACAAUGGAUGGUGAUUUUAAGCAAGAGAUUCUCAUUGAGGGUGCUGUGGAUACAGAUGGAAACGUUGUUAUGGCAUCUGGAAAAAUUCUUGAAGCAGUUGACAUUGAUGGAAAUGUGUUUGUCGUCUCAGUGUGGAUGAAACGGAUUAAGCUCAUGAAAGAUCCCAGAUGCGUUGUUGUGAUGGAACCAGUUGAAGUCACAAAGGGGAGUUUUUUAUUUAAUGCAGAGGGAAUAGUCGAAGAUUGCGAUUUCUUCUUUGCAUUUUUACACGGAUAUGAAGACCCCCAAGAAGUAGUUGGUCAUCACAUUCAUGAAAUUGUUCCUGCUUUGUUACUACCCACACCAGGAAAGCCCAUUGAAAAGGAUAUAAAAAAACAGCGUGCAACAAGCCGUACAAAAGAUACCAUUCCAUUCCCUACAACAAUAAAAAUAAAAGAACAUGAUCCAGACUUUCACCAGUUGUAUCUUGAAAGAACUCCGCCAUCGAGACAACAAGCAUCAAAAUUUCUUUACAAAGGUUUCAUGUGGGUGUUUGCUAACAUUAGCGGCUUGGUUGUAGUGUCUGGUGAUGGAACAAUUAAAAGCUGCAAUGCUAAUUUCCUUACAGCCUUCUUAGGAUAUGCAGAAUCUGAGCUGCUUGGAAAGAAUGUCACUAAAUUGGUUCCCCAUUUUUAUGAACAAAUCGAAAUGCUAUGUGAUGAUGUUUACAAGCAAAGCAUCCAAGAAAAACAGAAUGACAGCUCUCUUGAAUACGAGUCAUCGACAUCUGCAUCAACUGCCAGAAUGAGAGAAAGCACUCCAAAAAGUACUAUCAAAGCAUCAUCAACAGAAGGUUUAAAUAGCUCUCAAGGCUCUCUAGAAGAUUUAGAAGACUUAGACGGAGAAGACGUUGAUAAAGAAACACCGAAUCCAGAUAUCCAAACAAGCCAGGACAGCAAGAAAUCUUUUAAGAAUAUGCCAGAACCCAGUGUGUCUCAAAGUAUAAAAAUGUCUGCCCAGUCUACUGCUGCUGAUAAUGAUAGUGUUUUUCGUUCACCCAAGAAACAGGUAUCUCUACAAAACAUUCCUAAAGAAAAACUUUCUAGUCUUGAUGGUUUUUCACCGCAUCUUGAAACAAGCACACCAAAACAUGAGGAGAGUAGUAAGCUUAUUACAAAUGUUGAAGACUCUCCCAGCAGACAGCAUCUUGAUUUUUCUUCGUGCAAAUCAGACUUUAAAGGAAAUUCAAACAUUAGAAACGAGACUCGUGUUGAUAAGGAAUUGACUGAAAUAGAUUCAGGGUUGGAAAGCAUUCUAUCGUCAAACGAGAAACCGAAACAGACUGAAAAUAGGACAGAUAAAGUUUUAAAAGUACAUGGAAAAGUUAACCCUUUAGAACUGCAGGUUGAGAGUGAAGAGCAUCAUAUAAAAGACUUUAAUGCUUCUCGACUAAAAGAACAUGUUCCCAGAUCAAAAAAAAGCAUAGACUAUGAUUCUUUAAGUGACACGAUAAAUGAUGUUUAUCGUAUAGAAAGUGCAGUGCAUCGUAAAAAAGAAUUUCAUGCAAAUCACUUAAAACAAUACAACAAACCAAAAACGUCUGAUUAUGAAUCAGCAAAUAGCCUGCUAGAAGAAUCUGAGAACUAUAACUUGUCGCUAAACCUGCAGACCUCUCACAAUUUCAAACAUGAACGCAAGGUAGCUUGGCACGAACGGCAAAGGCAAAUUGUCCAAGGAAAUUAUUAUGGACAAGCAAUGCACAAAGACACCUCCAUGUUGCCCAUUUUAUUUGAGAUUAAAAAGCUCUCCACCAAACACAAGCAUCCUAUGUAUUGCAUAUGGAUGUCACGUGAUCCUGACGAAGAUGGUGAGUGCAUGAAUAAAAAAAACAGUCAGUUCUUAGCUGCAAGUUACAACAGCACACUAAAUGCAUCAGCUGGUAAUUUGCAAGAGUUGUUAAAAUCAAUGAAAGAUUUGACUGUUGAUGAUCCGGGACGCGGUCCUUUUAACGAGAACUUUUCAUCUAUAAAAUGCAUUGGCAAAGGAGCGUUUGGUUUUGUCAAUUUGGCAGAAAGAAAAUCAAACAAAGAGGAGGUUAUUGUUAAGUUUAUCCGAAAAGAAAAAGUGUUGAAAGAUAGCUGGAUUCACGAUGCAGAGAUGGGAAAAAUACCUUUCGAGAUAUAUCUCUUAUCUCAGGUUGAGCAUCCGAAUAUUGUCAAGAUGUUGGAAGCGUAUGAGAAUGAAGAAUAUUUCCAAAUGGUGAUGGAGAAACACGGCGAUGGAAUUGAUUUGUUUGAAUUUAUCGAUAGAAAACCUUUAAUUGAUGAAGCGUUAGCUAGUUAUAUGUUUAGACAAGUAUUAUUUGCUACGGAAUAUCUUCACAGCCAGAAGAUCUUACAUCGAGACAUCAAGGAUGAAAAUAUCAUCGUUGAUCGCCAGUUUAAUCUCAAACUUAUCGAUUUUGGAUCUGCAACUUAUAUGGAAGCUGGAAAGUUAUUCAACACUUUUUGUGGGACUGUGGAGUACUGUUCACCAGAAGUGCUUCUGGGAAAUUGGUACGAAGGUCCGGAACUCGAGAUGUGGUCUCUGGGUGUGACUCUCUAUACGUUUAUAUUCGGCGAGCAUCCUUUCUUCGAAAUUGAAGAGACAAUCAGAGCAGAGUUGUUUCCUCCCUUCAAAGUUUCUAACGAACUUAUGUUUGUAAUUUGUUGGAUGUUACAUGCUGAAGUGGAGUUUCGUGCUAAGCUCAAAGACGUGUUGAAAUACCCAUGGUUUGCAAGACAUGUUGAUAUUACAAACUAUGACUAUAGCGUCGUGUUAGGAGAAGUAGGUUGUCAGUCAGAACGAGACGCACAAAAAUCCCACCCUUCCAUCGCACUAGACGGGUACAGCAUCAGUCGUUCGACAUCAUCAAGUAGUAGCACAUCCUCAUCCAGUGACACGAGUGAUUUGACAAGUGUAGACAGUGAACUGGAUCGAAAUAACGAACUCCUAAAGGAGGAGUACCAAAAGUAUUUAAAAGACCAGAACGAUACCAAAACAAAUGCGAUUUUAUCAAAAUCAUUUUGAUGCCUCGGUUAUAUGACUACAACCAUACAGUUAAGCGGUUUGCGUGUUAUUGCUACACUACUACAACGCCAUAACAUCCACACAAAUACUGUGUCAAUGUAACCGCCCCGCAAGUAAUUAUCCCUCAGGGUAACAAGCGUUUUUUAAAUAUUUUUCCGCAAGAUUGGCACGCAAGUGAUAUUCUUGUUGAUGGGAUCUAUUAUAUAGAACGAAGAUGGUAGAUGAUAGUUACGGUAGAUAAUAAAAAAACGUUUUUUAAAUAAUAGUUAAUUUAUAUCUUAUUUAUUUAUUUGCUAUGAUGCAUGUCUUGAACAGUUUCACACAGCUGUUUGAGUACAUUUAAUUGUAACGUGAGUUAAUUUUUUUCUGUUAAUACCAGAUUGUACGCAGUUUUUGUCGCCUAUUAGAAUAUUUUUUUGUUUUUCAAUAGUUAGUUUGUGUUGUGGGAAUAACUACUACCAAUCAUGAUGAAACAACGUGCAUAAUUACACGUUGAGCCAAUCAUAAUGGUGAAACAGCAUGCAUAAUUAAACGCUGAGUCAAUCAUAAUAUUGAAACUAUAUGCAUAAUUAAGCGUCUGGACCAAUUUUGAUAGUGGAACUACAUGCAUAAUUAAGCGUCUAAUCAUAAUAGUGGAACUACAUGCAUAAUUAAGCGUGUAAGCCGUUUAACGUAACUCUUCUUUUCUUAUGCACGACACAGUUGGCACAUAAUAUUUUUAAUCUAUGAUAAUUAUGAAACGAAAAGUAAUGCAUUGUGGUAUACAAUUUAUUGAAACUGGAAUUAGUUUUUAUUUUUUCUGUGUUUUCUUGACAAUUUUGUAAUUAUUGUGAAUACAAAACAUGUAAUUUAUUUUUAGCAAUGAUAAUACAUAGAAAAAAAAUAA